AUGUCCAACCCAAUUAUUUACGAUAUUUCAAACAUUCAAAAUGUUUUAGUCAACUCGUCUUUGGAGGGGAUUAAGAUGCUUCCUUUUAAAGUAGUCAUACCUGUAAAAGUUAGUGAAUGGAGACGUUGUCUUGACCAAAUCAAUACUCUUUGUUCAACGAAAUGGAAUAAAAAAAGAUGUCUUGAUUCAAAAGAAUAUAUUUUUGGAGAAACACGUCAGUGUCAUCGCGCAGACAUAUAUAUACCAGAGCGAGAUUCACGCCCUGCACAAAAAGAAUCAAAGGCAUGUGGAUGUAAUGGAGCUUUGAAAAUAAAGCAGUUCAAAAAGUCUCCUACUAUUGUUACGUUCUGUAUGACAAGGGACCAUAACAAUCAUGUUCCUGGAGACAGAUCAGAGAUUAGAACUUUGCCCUUGCCUUUUGAAGCUAUUAAGUUGAUUGAAGAUCAACUGAGAAGUGGAAGCAGCUGUAGAAGCACAAGAAUAUCUGUCCUUCAACAGAUUGACAGCUGGGGUGUUGGUGUUAGAAAGCCAAACUAUGAAGAGAUAUACAAUAGAAUGAAGAAGAUGUGUUAA